AUCAGAUCAAAUUUCACUAAUUUGGGAUGCAUUGUCUCAAUUAGGUUUUAGAGUUUCAAGAAUUGCAUAACCACCACCUGUCUACGUUUGCUUUUGGUUUUCUUUGCUUUUUAUGGGUUUAAUUCUAUCUAUGACUCUUGAGAUUACUCAAAUUCUUUCCACUUCUCAAAAUCCAAUACCAAAUCUGUUGUGGUUGGGAAAAACAGUGUGAGUGAAGUUGGAAAUUAAUUGGGUUCGCUGUUAUUUGUCUGAAAAGUUACGGAGAAAAAAAAAAAAAAAAAAAAAAAAAAAAAAAAAAAAAAAAAAACUUCAUUAUCAAAUAGAGAACCUGUUGUAACUUUCUAAGAGGUUUUCCUGUUCCUAGCCAGGCUGACAGCUGAGCUGCUUCCUUUUCCCUUUGGAAGGAAAAUUAACACAUCCCACAUUUCAGUUUUAAGGCAUAUUUCUGGUUCUGCUGAUACCUUUUUGGUGCAACAAUGAACUUUCUGCUGCGGUCUACUCAUCAUGUAGCUGCAGAACAGCCAUCUCUUCAAGAAGCACCUGCUGAAACACCACAAACGUCAAAACCUGCAGUAACUUUGGAGGGUCUUAUAGCUGAAGAUCCAUAUCCACAAUUUUCCACAGUUGAAGAGCGAGAUGAAGAGACUGAUGGAAUUGUAGCUGAAAAUGGCAGCAUUGCAGGUGCAGAAGCUAAAAAUGAGUCUUCUGUUGUUGCAAAGCAUUCGGAUGUUUCAGAAGAGGAAGGAUGGAUUACCAUUCCAUACAAGAAACUCCCUGGUAAUUGGAAUGAUGUGGCGGAUAUAAAUUCAUUACGCAGUCUGGAUCGCCCCUUUGUUUUUCCUGGUGAACAGGUUCACAUACUGGCUUGCUUGGCAGCAUGUAAGCAGGACACUGAAAUUAUAACUCCAUUUAAGGUUGCUGCAGUGAUGAGUAAAAAUGGCAUAGGGAAAAGCCCAGAUAAACGAAAUGGAAAUGUAGAAGAUGAUAGUAAUCCACACUCCAGAAAAGAAGAAAUGAGUCCAGGUGGUCAGUCUGUUCAUCAGAAUGGUGAAAACCUUUCAGAAGAGAAUCAACACAAGAAUGUUCCUACUGGAGAAUCCCUUCUUAGAAUGGAAGAUCACAAAAGGCAGACCGAAAUAUUAUUGGAUAGAUUUGAAAGGUCCCAUUUUUUUGUUCGAAUUGCGGAGUCAGGAGAGCCGCUUUGGUCAAAAAAGAACACUAAAAAGAAGUCUACAGAACCUUCUGUGAUGGAUGGCCAAAAGUCUAUUGAAAAUGAAACCCUGAAAACUGCAAAAGACACAUCUCACAUUAAUGCAGUUAUAGACAAAGGAAACUUUGAUCCCAAUCUCUCUGGUGGGGCAGCAAGAAAUACUGUAAAGUGCUGCUCUCUGUCCAGUGGAGACAUAGUGGUGCUUUUACAGGUGAAUGUUGGUGUUGAUUUUUUGAAUGACCCUGUCAUUGAAGUUCUUCAAUUUGAGAAACACCGUGAGAGAAAUUUGACUUCUGAGAACCUUGAGAGUGCAAAUCAGGACCCAUGUGGAGAACUGUUAAAAUGGUUGCUUCCUUUGGAUAACACAGUCCCUUCACCUGCUCGUCCUUUAUCUCCUCCUCUAAGUUCCAAUUCAGGAUAUGGAAACACAACUUAUAAAUCCAGUUUUAGUGCGUCAUCAGGUUCUCAGCUCUUCUCAUUUGGCCAUUUUAGGAGUUACUCCAUGUCAGCACUACCCCAAAAUACUACGCCUCCUGCUGCUCCUGUCAAAGCUGCAAGUUCUAAGCCAAGCUUCAAUCUUGAAGAUUGGGAUCAGUAUGAAUCUCAAAAGAUUUGGAAGACCCAAAAAGCUGGUCCUGAAGGGCUUUUAUCUUUUAGAGGAGUUUCACUGGAGCGAGAAAGAUUUUCAGUUUGUUGUGGAUUGGAAGGAAUAUAUAUACCAGGAAAAAGGUGGAGAAGGAAACUGGAAAUUAUACAACCUGUAGAAAUUCAUUCUUUUGCUGCCGACUGUAAUACAGAUGACCUACUGUGUGUCCAGAUAAAGAAUAUUUGUCCGGCACAUGCACCAGAUAUUGUGGUAUACAUAGAUGCUAUAACAAUUGUUUUUGAGGAGGCUUCAAAAGGUGGGCAACCAUUAUCAUUGCCAAUUGCAUGUAUUGAAGCAGGAGAUGACCACAAUUUGCCAAAUCUAGCACUCAGGCAGGGUGAAGAGCAUUCUUUUAUUCUUAAACCAGCAACAUCCAUGUGGAAAAACCUUAAGGUUAAUAAUGAAAAAAAAACCCAGCCAUUGCAAUCACAGGCUGGAAAUGUGGCAUCUAGUUUGCGUCUUCCCUCAAAGACUGUCGAAGGAAAGAGGAGUGCUUCUGGGGAGCAAUAUGCAAUUAUGGUUUCUUGUCGGUGCAACUAUACAGAGUCAAGAUUGUUUUUCAAACAACCAACAAGUUGGCAACCACGUAUCUCAAGGGAUCUCAUGAUAUCUGUUGCAUCUGAAAUAUCUGGACAGCAUAUGUCCAAUGAAGGAGCUUCUCAGCUUCCUGUUCAGGUGUUAACUCUUCAAGCUUCAAAUUUGACUUCUCAAGAUCUGACGUUGACGGUUCUUGCGCCAGCAUCAUUUACUUCUCCUCCCUCGGUGGUCUCGUUUAAUUCUUCACCCACUUCACCAAUGAGUCCAUUUGUUGGUUUUCCUGAGUUUACAGGAAGAUUUAGCAGUGAUAAGCGUAGUACUGCAAUCCAGAGGAUGGGUUCAGCACCUCUUGCAUCCAAUAAAAAGAAACAGAAUGAUAAUGGCAGAUCUCGGUCAGCUUCUUUUGAUGAGCAGGUUUCUCCAUUGUCUGAUGUCCUUCCCAGUAGUGGACUGGGUUGUACGCAUCUAUGGCUACAUAGUAGAGUUCCAUUAGGAUGUGUUCCUUCUCAAUCGACGGCCACCAUUAAGCUUGAGUUACUUCCGUUGACUGAUGGCAUAAUUACACUGGACACUUUACAAAUUGAUGUCAAGGAAAAAGGUCUUACCUACAUCCCUGAGCACUCACUCAUGAUAAAUGCAACUUCCAGCAUAUCGACAGGGAUUAUAUAGACGAAUUGAUUUCAAAAUGCUUCUCUCAAUACAUUUUACCUGGACUAUGGAAGAAAUUUUGAAGUGCUAAUCCUUUUGUUGUCCAGUAUAUGGCUCUUAACGACAGGCAACAAGGUAUUCUUUCCUUUUUGCUUUAGUGUGAAGUUGAAAAUUCCAUGUCAAAGUUAUUUUAGAAAAUAUGACCUCACAUUUUGUAUUGUAAACUAAGGCCUUGAAGAUGUCAAUUGUUAUGUACCCUUUAUUGGGAAAGACUGUACUCUUUGUAGAUGAAUCUCAAGAGUGUGAAUAUACUCAUUUAAUACUCGUGAAGUAAAGCAGAAGAAUCAUAUAGCUUUUUCCAUUAA